AUGACUACAUUCACCAAUGUCAAUCAGUCCGUAGCACUAAACAACAAUGUUGCUGGUCUGUUUCUUAUUUUCAACCCGCCCCCAUAUGGUAAUCCCGGCCAAACAAAUGGGGUGAAUACUGGUAUUUUUCCUGGUGUCUUGUGCCUUCCGGAUAUAAAUCCGUAUUUGGGGGCAGCCGGCAACAUCGCCAACGUUGGAGUGAUUUGGAGGGGUCCUUUCAAUGGCCAGGUCUCCCUACAGAUUCUAAACAAUGGAACUGAGGGGGCUGGUGAACCAAGUCAAACUGAAACCUUCAUGGUUGGCAAGUGGUCGGAUCUAGAUAUUGGAGCCCUCGAAGAAGCUGCAUCUUCGAUCCGUAAGACACUAAAUGGCCCCGACGGCGUAUCUGAUGAGAUUCGCGAUGCACUCGCUAAGGCUCUUGACGCAAUUGAAACUGAAUUGCAGAAGAAGUUGAGUGGAUAA